UUCGCCGUCGGUUUCCUGCUGCAGAGAGAGAAUAGCGGCGUCGCGACCAGACAGGCAAGACUCAGCAACACCAUCACCUCCACUACAUACUGUACAAUGAAACUGUUUUCAAUAUCACCCUCUCUCGAUAUCCGCUUCGUCACGGUUAUACUCCUGGUGAUGGGCCUCUCUACUCCUGGUCAAGCAGAAAUCACAAGUUUGGACUCAGCCAACAUCGACGAGGUCCUAAAUAAUGCUGGGGUGGCAUUAGUGAAUUUUUACGCAGACUGGUGUCGCUUCAGUCAAAUGCUCCAUCCUAUUUUUGAGGAGGCCUCUAAUGUAGUGCGGGAAGAGUUCCCUGACAUGAAACAAGUGGUGUUUGCCAGAGUUGACUGUGACCAGCAUUCGGAUAUAGCACAGCGGUACCGCAUCACCAAGUACCCAACAUUGAAGCUGUUUCGUAAUGGGAUGAUGAUGAAGAGGGAGUACAGGGGUCAGAGGUCAGUGGCGGCUAUCGCAGACUUCAUCCGCCAGCAACAGGUCAACCCUGUGAAAGAAAUCCAGUCAAUGGAGGAGGUCAACACUUUGGAUAGGAGCAAGAGAAACAUCAUUGGUUACUUUGAAAAGAAGGACUCCGAGAACUACCACACAUACGAGAAAGUUGCCAACAUCCUUCGAGAUGACUGCAUGUUCUCGGCUGCCUUUGGUGCUGUCUCUGAACCUGAGCGCUUCAGUGGAGACAAUGUAAUCUACAAACCUGUCGGCGAGAGUGUCCCUGACAUGGUUUACCUCGGCUCACUCACCAACUUCGACCUGACCUACGCCUGGGCCCAGGACAAAUGUGUGCCUCUGGUCAGGGAGAUCACUUUUGAGAAUGGAGAGGAGCUCACUGAAGAAGGGAUUCCUUUCCUCAUCCUGUUCCAUAUUAAAGAAGACACAGAUAGCUUAGAGAAAUUCCAACAUGAAGUAGCUCGACAGCUCAUCAACGAGAAAGGUUCUAUAAACUUCCUGCAUGCGGACUGCGAUAAGUUCCGCCAUCCUCUGCUCCAUAUUCAGAAGACUCCCGCUGACUGUCCUGUCAUCGCUAUAGACUCAUUCAGACACAUGUAUGUCUUUCCGGAAUUUAAAGACCUCACUGUCCCUGGUAAACUGAGACAGUUUGUGUUGGACCUUCACUCUGGAAAGCUGCACAGAGAGUUUCACCAUGGUCCUGACCCCACGGACAGCACGCCUGGACAGGAGGAGACGGUAGGAGAAGUGGCCAGCAACCCUCCAGAGAGCUCGUUCCAGAAGCUGGCACCCAGCGAGAAUCGCUACACCAUCCUCCGGGACCGUGAUGAGCUGUGACCUCAACAGCCCUCUAGUGAUCCUGUGACUCAAUGCCACGCCCCGGGGUCAGGGAGGGGGUUAGGGCUGGGACAGGCCAACGGGACAGAACAGCAACACCCAACACCCUUACUGAAGAAAGGACAGGAGGAGAAAAAUGAAGAGAAAAGAGGAGGAGGACAAGAAGAAGAGGUGGAAAGAGAGGAGGGCAGUCCAUGACACAACCAUGUUGGAAUAACCUAUAUUUUCAUAACUCUUUCACGUACAAUUUUUAUUUUGGAUUAAAAGGAAGGGGGUGCGAUGAAAAUGUGUGUGUGGGCAGGGGAUAGGGGCAUUAGGACCACAAGAGAAGUGUUUUUACUUUUAUUUUUUGGAGCUUGUAAAUACGUUUGUGCUACAUGGGGGUCUCAUUGUUGGUCUAAAUUAAAUGCAGAGUUUUCUUUAUUUUAUUCCUGUCUUUUUCAUCACCCUGCUUUUUUGUAGGAUAAAUCGAGCAGUUCCUUCACUCCAGUUCUGUACGGUUCUUACCUGUGGGUAGUCCAGUUCCGCCUGUCUAACAGGAGACACUCGUUUAGUCUCACUGACCUCAUGGCUGCAUCUCAAUAUGACCAACUCUAGUCUGAUUAAUUUUUUAUAGCACAAAUAAUGAAAAACAGCCUGAUUGAAGUACCUUUAUCUCCUUGUCUUCUACACGCAGUUCUGAAGUAGAAAUAAUAUUUUAACGUACUUGGUAGACAGACGAUAAAGAGCCUCCAGUCUACUAAGAUGCAAUCCUUCUCUCCCUGGUACUACAUAGAUUAAGAUUAUGAUGUCGCCUACUGUGCCUAUAAAAAUAUUCCCCCCGCUGGACUUUUUUAUGAUUCAAGACUGAACAACAGUGGACAUGAGGAAGAUUUUACAAUGAUUGAGAUUUUCAGUCAAAACAGCAGCUAUUACUGUGUAUUUGGUGUAAAUAAAAACAAUGCACACCAUCAGAAAUUCACCAACCCUGUCAUGAAACCUGGUGGUGGCAGCAUCAUGCUGUGUGGAUGCUUCUCGACAGCAGCUCCUGAAUAGUAACAGCACUGGGUAAAAGAAAGUAGAAAAUAACCAGAAAAAUAAAUCUACACAAAGAAUUACUCUGCUGAAGCCUUCGUUUGGCCAAAUAAGUGCACAUGAACUGGAUUCUGUUGCUCCUUCAUUGUGGAGCACAGAGAACGAUUGAACACGAGCAGUUUUGUAAAGAUAUCCGAAGGAAAGAGAUAAUGACUUAUGCAAUUAGCAAAUGUGUUAAUUUUGUACCUGUCGCCGUUGUGUAAAGAUAUAUCAAAUUGACGCCAAAGAAAGUCUUUACAACUAAUUGAUUCCACAGUUGCAAAACAGUUGACAUGGAAACGUCCAUCAGGGCAGGAUACUUUUUAUAGGCACAAUAUUUGCCAUAGCACCUCUGAGUGUGUUGAUAGGAAUCAAAUAGAGAAAAAAAUGUUUUGAAAUAUUGUACUUUAACAUAGAUUUAUGAAAUGGCUGUUGUUUUUGCUGUUGCCUGUUGUCUAAUGUGUCAUCAUUCUGAGGGAGAAAACAGGGCAUCCUUCCCAAGCCAAAAGAGACAAAAAGGGGAAAACCUGCACGAGCAACGGUGGAAGUUUAGUCUGCCACUUUGUAAACACAUUUUGUCUCUUAUAUGUCAGUUUUGGUACAAGAUUUCUGAGCUUAAAUGAAUCCCAAAGUGGAAGCUGGAUAGGAGUACAGGGGACCUAUUGCUAAAUUUGUCCUGUGCACCCACCCCUCCAUAGUGGCCAACAGAUGCCUGCAUAGCGACAUAUCAGACCACAUUGAACAGAGCAACAGGGGGGAGGGGGAGGGGGAGAGUGAUGCCAUUUCUAAAUCAGUCAUCUCAGAGGGGAAGAAGAGUAAAAA